AUGGCAAGCGGCGCGCGAGGAACGCGAGGAAGGGCGGCGCGACCUGGACCAGGUUCGUGGAGGUCCUCGCCACGUACGCGCUCUUCACCUCGUACGCGCGCUAGUGCUAACACUCGAACGACCGUUACGGCGACGAUCAAGGAAGCCCAAGCGUCUGAUCCCGGAGCUUUUCCUGACAAGACCGAGGUUGCGGCCACCGCCAACGACGCCGCAGGCAUGGAGCAGGCCGCGGAUGCUGGUGAAGCGUCUGUUGUCGAGCAGCCGGGCACUCACGACGACGUCGCAGGCGUGGAGCAGGUUGCGGAUGCUGGUGAAGCGUAUGUUGUCGAGCAGCCGGGCACUCACGACGACGUCGCAGGCGUGGAGCAGGCCGCGGAUGCUGGUGGAGCGUCUAUUGUCGAGCAGGGUGUUGGCAUCACUGUGGUGGGCGACGCAGCCGAAAUGAGUGACUGCAAAGAGGCUGGGGGCGUGUUAGUUGAGGACAUCCAUUUGAACGACGAGGGCGGAAGCGAAUACGGUGAUGCGGAGCAUGAGGCAAGCCAUGCUGGGGUUCAAAAUUCGGGUGGCGAAGAUCGACCUAUUCAGGAUUCUGUCCAGGAUUUCGUCCAGUAUUUCGAGUCGGACCAUGCCAGAAGCGCUGGGUCGUCUUCUCAGUCGGAGGCAAGCAAGGUUACGGUUCUAGCUCCGCAAACGUGGCACAUCGACUGGAAGGCGUGGCAGGUAUACUUUGACGAGUACUGUGAAGAGACGAUGCAAGUGAUCUCUAUACUCGAAACCAUGGGUCGUGCAGAGCGUAACAGACGGCUCAAGAAGACGAAGAAAGGGGUUAAUGAGGCGUUACUGAUCCCAGAAGGCCUUGAUCCGUAUCAGAGGACCUACAUCUGUACGCACGGGUGGCCACAGAGGAAGCCUCGAGGCUCGGGAAAGCGUCCACGUAAGCACAUCCGCGAGAUGGACUGUCCUUUCCGGUUUGUGGUGCAGUGGCAGCUGCACAAGGGCGAGUGGAAGCUAGGUGUGAAAUUGGGGAGGUUCUCUCACAACCAUUCGGUCUGUAGCGAUACAUACGCGACGUACCCGUGUGCCCGCGGUGUUAGUGACGUUGUGGUUGGAGCACGAGUGGAGGGUAUGGUGGCCGUCGGUGCUAAACGCUCCAAAAUCUACGACUACCUGCUCGAGCAUGACCAGAACGUGAUCAAGGCCGACGUGGACAACAUGGUGCGGAGUUUUGCUUCGUCGGUGUCAUCCCUGGACGACAACGAUGCUACAGCAGCCCAAGUUGACGCUCUAGCUGCUGCAGACAAAAUGAGCUGUACACGUAUUGCUGAGACCGCGACUGGAGAGACUGGAGUUCUAUCGAUGUCUACAGCGUUCAUGCGUCAGAAUUUCAGCCGUUUUGCCGUACCACCGGCGUGGCUAUCGGACGCGUGCAUCCGCGGACUCGCUAUCAGACUCGUCGCCGAUAACCCCUCGGCCCGCUUUGCUGGAUUUCAGACUGUCACUACCAGAACCUCACGUGCGCGAGCUGUUGGAGAAUCGCUGGUCUCAAGUGACGUUCUCGCCCGACUCAUACAUCAAAUAGCAGAAGUGGGUGUGGAAACCGCAUUGCUGGCACUUAACUUCCACAACGCACACUGGUGUUGCAUCGUUGUAAAGGUUACAGACAAGCGAAUCUUCUACUACGAUCCUUUAAAUCAGAAGCCGUACAUGCGGGCUGCGAAGGAAGUGGCUACGUACCUAAAGCACAAUGGUCUCGCAGAGUACGACGUGGUCUCGCAGAACAAUCCGGUGCAGUUCGACCAGAUGAGUUGUGGCGUUUUCGUGUGCUGGAUGUUUAUGCGUAAGGUCGUUCACGGCUUGACGCACGACAUGAACGACAACUGCCUUGCUCAGCGCAGAUUCGAGCUCUUCUACUAUAUCUUGACCGGACACUUGAUAGCGCCGAUCAAAAAUACCCCAGCGACUAGUGACGUUGAGAUGCAGCAGGCACCUCUAGAAGACAGGGAUCCGACCCCAACACAAGAUGAAUUGGGCGGAGAAUCCCUCCCUCCAACCCAAGUUGCAGGAUAA